CUCUCUCCCUCACUCACUCUCACUCAAGUCACCGACUGGUUCUGGGGAGAGGAGUUAGAUGGAACUCAGUGGCGCUGUAGCCGAGAUCACCAGUUUGGUCUGUCUUCCUCCUACACCACAACAGAACUGACAGAAAAGCAUCCACCCAAGGAAGUCACCACCCAAUUCAUUCACUUCAAGUGAGAGCCUCAAGGUCGAAGUGAGAGAUAUCUAGAGAUCUCAGAGCUAACCCCUGACCUAUAAGAGAUGGAUGGAUGGGACAAGCCUGUAGGGGCCAUGAUGUCCGAAGACAAUGGCAGCACCCCCACAUCAGCUCUGGUCAACCAGUCGUGUGUGGACCGGAAGUACUAUAUGGUUCUGGUUGAGGCGGAGAAGACAGCCAUCGGCUCCAUCUGUUUCCUGGCCGGACCCUUCACUUUCCUGGAGAAUGCGUUGGUCCUGGGUGUGAUCGCCGCCACCGCCACCCUGCGACGGCGUCCCUCCUACCUCUUCAUCGGAAGCCUGGCCCUGGCCGACGUCUUUGCCAGCUGCUUCUUCACCACCAGCUUCCUGGACUUCCACCUGUUCCACCGCCUUGACGGGCCCGACGCCUACCUCUUCAAGCUGGGCGGGGUGACGAUGGCUUUCACCGGCUCGGUGGGUAGUCUUCUGCUGACUGCUCUGGACCGCUAUCUGUGUAUACAUCAGGCGGCGAGUUAUAAAGUGGUGUUAACGCGCCGCAGGGCCCUGUUUGCUCUCCUUGCCCUGUGGAGCACCACCAUCCUCAUCUCCUUCCUCCCUCUGAUGGGCUGGAGGUGCCCCACAGGGCCAUGCCCGCCCUGCUCGCGCCUCUUCCCAUACAUCGACCACCGCUACCUGGCCUGCUGGGCCAGCUUCAUCCUGGUGCUGCUGUCACUCAUCCUGAGCGCCUACACCCUGAUCCUGUGGAAGGCCAAUCGGCAUGAGGCCUCCAUGACGGGCCUCCAGGGAGCGCCUACCCGUGGUCAGGCCCGCAUGCGGCUGGACAUUCGGUUGGCACGUACCCUGGGCCUGAUUCUGCUUAUCAUGGUGGGCUGUUGGCUGCCGACCCUCUCCUUCAUGCUGGCAGAUGUCUCGGUGCAGCUCACACACGUCCAGCAGAGGGCCUUUGCUUUCUGCAGCACCAUGUGCCUGGUCAACUCAGCCGUCAACCCACUGCUGUAUGCCCUGCGCUGCCGGGAGCUGAGGUUGGCACUGAUGCGGCUGUUGGGGGGCCUGAGUGAGGGGCUGGGGUGCUGCCAGAGGCACGUAGGGGAAGACACGACCACUACCCUUCCCUUAGGCGACAGCAACAGCUGUAGCGCGCACUCCGAGAGUGAGGCGCCCAGACUCGUUAGCUGCCGACCGAACACAGUCUCAGAAAUGGUUGGCAAGCAGCAGCUGGACAUGACUGGAMAAUGAGAAGGGUUGGGAGGCUUACUGUAUAUCAGGGAUAUAGCAGUGUUGUGAACUUGUGUUUCUUCUGUUGUGUUCAUAGUGAUAAGGAGGUAAUGUCUCUAAAAUGUACUGUGAUAACAGGGACUAAAACAAAGAUAUCGACCAUGUUACCAUAAAUUGUGAUGACCCACCUACAAGCCAAGUCACUCAGAGAAAAUAUUAUUUUAUUAUUUGUCCAAGGGACAUGAUAAACCAGUAGAAAUUGUGAAAUAUCCCAAAUUAACACCUUUGAGAAAACAACAGCAUUGUUGGUGUUGGCAGUGUAAAUGUAGAUAGCUAUGUGUAUCCUAUGCUUGUUUUCGCUUGAGUGUUUGUCCUUUAGCGUCCAGAAGAGGAUCCUGACGGGUUCCCAUCUGCACAUAAAUACCUGUCCUGAAUAGAGGCCCUGUGGAUUGUAAACAAUGUCCUCCACAUGUGACUGCAAGCAGUGUCGAGAUCAGAGGUGUAGGAAAGGCUGAGCCUGGGUGGGUCCAAUCAGAAAAAAAGAAGAAGUCCACUCAGAUUUUGUAUUAUUUAUUUAGAUAUUUUUUUAUGCUCUUUACUUGUCAGUGUUCCAAAUGGAACAUAGUGUUUGCAUAUUUAGGUAAAAGGACAAUCAGAAUUCAUAGCAAGCAGUACACUGGGUUAGUCAGAUUUGAUUAAAUAUAACGGAACAGAUGACAUGGAAUGACAUCACAUGCCAAAAAGAACUAACUGAAAGCCACACCCCCAAUGAGCAACGAAUAUGACUACAUUGAGGCAUAUGUCACUGUGCUUUUAUGGCUAUAUGCACCAUGCCACUACCUAUUUCAUUUGUUCAUUUAGCAAACAAGACAGCUCAUAAUCCAGUGCCUUUAUCACAGUCAACACACCUAUAUUUUAGCUUUAAAAAUCCUACAUUUUCUCUCAGCUUCAUGGCAAAAUAAGUAGAAUAGCAUGAGAUGAGCAAAAAAACUGCACAUGUUCCUCUCUAUCCUAUGGCAAAAUGUGUAGAAUUGCAGGAAAUUUGCUUUAAAACAGCAACAUGCCAAAAUGUGUAGAAUAAGAUUAGCUAUAAACUGCACAUUUGUCUCUGUUCCAUGGCAAAAUGUCUAAAAUAAAAUUGGGGGCCAGGUCAAAUUUCUGCAGGCCCACCCAACAACAAAUUUCUGGCUACGCCACUGGUCGAGAUAAGUGGGGCACAGGUCAGAAAGAUAAUGUCACACAACACAGAGACUAGAACACUUUUUUCUAUAGAACACUACAAAUGGCAACUAUAGUUCACAAGUCAUUUUAGUAGAUCAAUCACAAAACAAUCAAACACAAAGGUAGAUGUUUUGUCUUGUAGGUGGUCUAAGUAAAAUCAAAUCAAAAUAACAUUUUAUUUGUCACAUGCUUAAACAACAGGUGUAGACUAACAGUUUAAUGCUU